CAACUGAGCUAACACACCAGUUAAAACACAAUUACUUGUGUGUAAGCAUGCAAUCAAAGGACUAACGGUUUUCAAUCUUAUCUUUGGGACUUGGACCCAUUCCAUACAACUUUUUUACCAAUGAAAGGUUGUAAGCUUCUGUUAUAAGCUUCUGCAAUGUUGCUUUUUAUUAGAAAAGAGCAUCGUCAUAGAUUUCUAGCAUCUAUGAAGGGGCUCUGGUAAUGAUGAUGAAUGUCAUAUCCUUAGGCUGUAUCAUAUUGACUGGUUUGCAAUAUCAAUAGAGUUAUUGUUUAUUUCAAUUUUACGACUGAUGUCAGAACAUAUGCAAUAAAACAAAAUUCAAUUGAUUGUAAAUACAGGUAAAUCUGCCAAAGUUAGAUCUCUUGGGACCACACCGUUGAGGAGAAAAUCGACACAAAAUAAACAAAGAAUGCAUUUUGUGCAUACACAGGUCUGGAAAAGUCCCAGGAGGGGGGGGGGGGCCACUCAACUAUAUUGCUGUACGCACACAUGACCACAGGUUUAACAAACCCACCCAAACAAGUUUUAUCCAUUGGUCAAUUCUCUACCCUAUUCAAGUAUUUACAUGUGAAUUUUUUACAAUUUUGCCCCCUAAACAAGUAUAAUCCGUUAAAAAAUAUAUGUUUUUUACCCCACAACCAUACCAUUUUUGCCUGAUUUUGGCCCUUUUAACACCCUAAAUGCAUAACGCGCAUGACUCGCCAUGAUCAGCAAAAAGUACCCUUUUUAUGCAUUUUUAGGGUCGCAUGUGUGUGUAUACAGCAAUAUAGUUGAGUGCCCCCCUCCCGGGAAAAAGUGCUUUUACUUAUAUGAUUAUUCCACUUAAAAAUGGAAGAUCAACUUGAGCAAACUUAAAUAUAGGAUCUCUUAAUGUUACAAUGCCUGAAAAAUGUUGUCAUAAUAAUUAAUUAGUGUCAUUGUAAUCUUAAUUCAUGAUGUGUUGUGUUUCUUUUGCCUGUGUAGGUCAACCUUCAUGGAGAGUGGCUCUCAUUCCUUGGUGCCCCCUGUAUCAGCAAUGGGCCAUCGUAUGAUGCCAGGGAUAGAUCUACCAGGACCAGGACCUCUCUCUAUGUUCCCAGACUACUCCUCACUCCUAGGCCUGCAUUCCCUCCCUGCUAACUCCUCAGAAUACCAAGACUUGGACCUUUAUUCUUUGCUUCAGAGUGAUAGAAUCCAGUACCCACCCCCUCCCUACUACAUUGAUCAGCAAGGAGCGAGCCGUAGCAGCAGCGUGGCCACCAGUUCUACAACAAGCAGAGCUGGUAGCACAGGCAGCGGUCAUGGCAUAGGACCUCCUGACGUCAUCCCUCUGGACUAGACCCUUCUGCAGACUUAGUUCCCUUCAUAUCCUGUUUGCAUCUGCUUUAAGCAGUGUACAUGUAGGGGGUAGCACAAUGGUCACAUCAUUGUACCUCCUGUUGUGAUCUGUCUGGACUACUCUUCUACCGUAGUCCCCUCCAUAUCCUGUACAUGUCCAUCACUAGCAGGACAAUGAAGCACUGAAUCAGCUGAAGUUGAUCCUCUGGACCAGGCCAUGUCCAACCCCAACCCUCAAGUAAUACAAUCAUGUUAAUGCUCAAGACUUGAUCAAGACUCCUUAAAGAAGUACCGCAUAGGUCCAUUACCUCGCCCACAGACCUUUGACCGUUAGAGCAGCAGCAGCUCACCAAGGCAAUAUGUUCAAGACAUUUUGCCUCGUCUCUGGACAAGUGCUUCUUCACUCGCCACAUUCUUUGACCAGCAGAGUCACUGCUUAGACAGUACAGUGGCACCUACAUAUUUAAUAGUCCUAGACUAGUCUUGGACAACAAGUGCUUCAAACAUAUCCAACAGGUCUUAUAAACCAUCCAUCUAUACAUUAAGUGUCUUGUUGUGAGAGAGAUAAAUAUGUGAAGUUGAUAUGUUAGAAACUAAACAUGGUAUUUGAUCAAACCAAUCUUAAUAAACGGAAACUAUUUGACAGCCUUACUGGAGCAUCUACAGUCAGUGGGUCUGAAGACUUACGGCUGUACUGUCAAGAUGUUUUGCACAAUGCACAUGAUUUCAUACCUAUAGUCAUCCCAUGGGCAUUGAUAUGAGAGCGAAUGCUUACUUAAAUUGUACUCUUUCUAUAAUCACCUUUAUUAUCAGUUUAGUUCAAUAUUACUGACAAAACGGUCGGGCUGGUUCCUGCUGGCAUUCAACAUCAGGCAUUUUCCAGAGAUUUCAGUUAAUUAGAUUUAACAAAGAUUUAUUACUUGCACACUUAUCAGAAAUUGAUCCUUUGUCAUAGAAGAAAGAUUUAUUGUAGAAGCCAGAUUCUUGCAGAUAUCCUCUUCUGUUUAUGGCAUUUUCUACGAUGGAAGUCAAAACCUCAAAUUAUGCUAAAUUUGUUCAAAAUUGUAAUUAUGUUUAUGAUAGUUUGUGUGAUAUUUUUUAUGAUGCAAAUAAUGGCUUAACAAAAGAAAAACUUACUCUUCAUGUAUUUCCAUGCAUUUUGCUCUAUGUAUGGGCAGCCAGAAUAGUCAUAAAAUCUCAAACAUAAGAUAUUUGGUUUGUCAUGAUUUUUAGAACCCAAUAACACUUUGAGAUAAUAUGUGCACCAGAUUGCUUCAAACUUGUUUACAAUAAGUCUAUGAACAUAGAGAAUAUAAUAUUAUCAAAAUUAAGAAAAAUAUUGAUAAUAAUACUACUCGUGGCUACUAAGAGUUAAAGGACAAGUCUACCCCAACAAAAAGUUGAUUUGAAUAAAAAGAGAAAAAUCCAACAAACAUAACACUGAAAAUUUCAUCAAAAUCGGAUGUAAAAUAAGAAAGUUAUGAAAUUUUUAAGUUUCGCUUAAUAUCACAAAACAGUUAUAUGCACAUCCUGGUCAGUAUGCAAAUGAGGGAACUGAUGACAUCACUCACUAUUUCUUUUGUAUUUUAUUAUAUGAAAUAUGAAAUAUUCAAAUUUUCUCCUCAUUGUCCUGUGAACAAAGUUUUAUUUCUCUCUGAACUUGUGGUAUUAUCAUUGUUUAACAUUUUAUGGUUCAGUCAAGUUGGUCAUUACUGUCAAUUCUGUAAAAAUUGAAAUAUUGUAUAAUUCAAACAAUAAAAAACAAAAGAAAUAGUGAGUGAGGGACAUCAUCAAUUCUCCCCUUUUCAUGUGACUAAUUUGUGCAUAUAACCAUUUUGUGAAAAAAAAGCGAAACUUUAAAAACUUUCUUAUUUUACAUCCGAUUUUGAUGAAAUUUUCAGUAAUAUGCUCUUCUGAUUUUUCUCUACGGAUCCAAAUCAACAUUAUUCUGAGGUAGACUUGACCUUUAAGCUAUAUAAAUGUUAUAACUUAUACAUCUGUUCAGAAUAUCUUACCUCUGAGUUAGUUAUGAACAGACAUGUUAAAUAUGUCUGAAUGAGCUUUGUAAAACCAUUGAUGUUGUUUGAAUAUCUGUGAUAUUUUAUGUUGUGCCUUUUAUUUUAUUGUUUUUACUGUAAACAGAUAAAAUGGUCAUUAUUUUACAUUGCUUUAUGAAAAAGUAAAUGUUCAGAAAUACCACUGUACAGUUCAGUAGCUAUCAGGUUUUUUUUUUCAAUAAUCAAGAGAAUUUAGUUUUGUUUCUAAAGAUUUGUAAAAUAAUUGUUUCUACCGUCCUAUAGUAGCUUUCAGACAAAUGUCUGUGUGAUUUUUAAACUAACAUUGUGCUUUUGAUUAAUAUGCCAAAUUAAUUUUUAGUUGAAUCUUAAAGUUUUGAUAAUGAUAAAGCAUUUAAUCCACAGUCGUCUAAAAAGAAUAUAAUUUCAUAUCUGUUUCAGUAAGAUUUAUCAUUGCAUUUCUACAUUCAGUUUGUAGCAUAUUUUCCUAGCUACUUUUUCUCCUAAAAAAAAAUAAAAUCAAUUUAUAAUGUGCAAUGUAGGCUUAAAUGAUAUGAUGAAUGAAAUAAUUCAACUGUAAAGUCGUAAUGUUUAAUUUUUUUAAUCCCAGUUUGGCAGAAAUAUUGAAAUUAAGAGAAAUGGUAGUGCUGUAGAUGUAUUACAAAUGCAAUAUAUUUGAUACAUGACUUAAAUGUAUAUUGUUACACAAAUUCACAAGAUAGCAAUUGUUACUGUCUUAUGCCAUUUAUUGAAAUUGCAGGUAGUUCUUUUAUUUUAAGGAAAGACUGGAAAAUCUGAGGGCAAGAUACUGUUAUACUUUUAAAAGUGAUCAAUAACUUAGAAAUCAAAUCAAUUUUUCAGUGAUUGCCUUGGUUCUUGUUGAUGUUUCUCGUGUUGAGAGUAAUGAACUGUUUUAUAACAUGUUGUGUAUUUUAUUUACCUGGUAUUUGUAUAUUUGCAUUUUGAAUAUUGCCUUUGUUUUGGUUUUUUUUUUUAGCCACGGUGACAGGAUUCUUUGGAAAAGAGAAUCAUUAGCUGUAAGUGUGCUAUAAGUUGUUAAAAUGAAAGUAUGAAAGAAUGAGCAUUAUUAAUCAUGUCACGACCCAUUUUAUCGUCCCACAUCAAGAAACCAGAUUUUGGUAUUGACGUUUCUUUUCCCUGUACAUUUUCCAUAUGCUCUGAAUGUAGUAAAACGUGGAUGUAUCAAUUAUAUGUGUAUAUUACUUUUUAAUGUCCAAUGUAUGAAGGGUUCUCACAUUUCAACAUAUAUCAUUGGUAUUUAGAAGAAUAUUUAUUAUUUCUUGCAUUAGUAAAGGAAAGGAGCUGCAAUAAAUGUAAGUACCUCAUUUUAUCUUUGUCAUGUUAACAUUGCAGUGUUUUGACCCAUUGAUAACUGGAGUUAUGCAGAACUAUUUUUGUGUAAAUAGUAUUUAUUAUAAGAGAAUAAUGCAUUACAGUAAAGUGUUGAAUUUUGGUUGUAUAAGUAAUAGGAUAUGAAUUUAUCAUUGUCUCAAAA